CGCGCUAUGCUUACGCCGGACAACCAACAUGCCUAUUACAUGCCUGCCUGCGUAUUUAGGGGUGGCCUGCGCACUCACUCACCGCAGGUAGAAGGCAACGUCUCUUGGAGAGGAGCCAACUAGCCCCCCCCCCCUCAUGGUCCCCUCUCGUCCUAUUCUGUGGCGAGGCAAACGCAGGGCGGACCGAUGGGAAGAGAGAGAGAGAGAGAGAGAGAGAGAGAGAGAGAGAGAGAGAGAGAAAAGUGAGGCGAGGCGUGGGACAGGAGCAGGAGCGGCGGCGAUGACAUAGCUACCUAGGCCAGGCCAAGUCCGAGUCGGCAGAGACGAAAGGACACCGGAUCUCCCAUAUCUGCGUAGGCGAGAAUGGCGGAUGCCGCACCUAAGGAAUCUAUCUAUCUCUCCCUCCGCUACCCCCCCGCCCUCUCCCAAACCAAACCACCACGCCUCGCCUCGCCUCGUCCCGUCUCGUCUGACCCCAUCUCGUCCCCCAUUUCCUCCUUUUUCCACCGACCACUGCCUCGCCUCCCGACGCCACACGCGACGGCCCCACGACGGGCGCCCCCUCCAGCCUGCCUCUCCUUCGCACGCACCCCCCCCCUUCUCCGCCACGUACGUACCCUUCUACCAGACACAACCCACCGCCCUAUCCGCCCCGUUCCCCCCCCACAGGCCGAACAGCGAGGGAACAAGAGACAAAAAGAAGGGGGAGAAAAAAAAGAAAAAGAAAAAAAAAAAUCCGCCGCGACGCCGCAGCCUCGCAUCCCCCGCGCGUCCCGUGCUCUGUGCCCGCUGCCAGCGCAGGUCCGCGACCCGCCCGGCCCAGACAGACGAGAACCAGCGUCUUCCCGCCUCGCCCCCCCCCCACCCGACGUGCCGGUCAGCAAAGUCUAUCUCUCACCGACCUACCUGCCUACCUACCUGUCGACCUCACCUGUGCAGGUAGAUAGGUAUGUACUUACCUACGCGCCUACCGGUGUCCGGGAAGGCUGCCCGAUCGAGAUGUGCGCACCCUCUCGCCCCCCCCCCUCUAUCUAGGUAGGUACCUAUGCCCACCGCGGCCUCGAGUAUAUACUUACCUGCCUCCAUAUCCAAGUCCUAGCAUGCCG